GAGAGACAGAGCAUGAACGGGGGAGGGGUCUAUGCUGCUUUUAAAUGGAUCCCUCACUGAAGUGUUGGUUGACAGCUGCCCCAGAAAUCUGCCACCAAAAAUUAGGAUGACGUGGACUGCUGUUUUUCUCCAUCUUUCUUCAACUGUGUAUCAGCUCCCACAGCAAAACACGACAUAGGCAAAUUUAUGGACUUAGCAAGAUGAAUAAAAAUAAACUGAUUCAUGAUUUCCUGGAAGUAGUUUCAAGGGGUGAUGUGGAACUCAUCUGUGACUAUAUUAGUAAAGUCCAUUCCAUCCUUGGAAACCUUAACUUUCAGCAUCCAACGACUGGAAAUACACCUCUCAUUACUGCAGCAGAAGAAAAUCUAACAGAGGUUGUUGAAUUUCUUCUGGAAAAGGGAGCAGAUAUCACCCUUUGUAAUUACAGCAAUCAAACUGCGGUUCAUGUGGCUAAUUGCCACAUCCAAAGACAACUCUUGGCUAUCAAUGGAAUCCAGGCUCCCCAAAUGCAACUUCUACAAACUUCAUGGCAAGGUGAUCUUGAACAACUUCAACACUUGCUGGCAUCUGAAGAGUUCCUGGAUAUAAAUUUCCCAAACCAACAUGGCUUGACCCCUCUGAUGCUGGCUGUGAGGGAUGUGGAUCUGUUUGAGAGUCUUGAUAUGUUAACAGUCUACAGACCUGUGGAGGUUCUGUCUGAGCUCCUCAGGCAUCAUGCAGAUCCUAAACUCUGUGAUUUUAGUGGAAAAUCAGCAAUACAUUAUGUGUCGCAAAUACAUAGUUUUAGGAAACAGCAGUUAUUGGACAUUCUAAUGAACUCUAUGCCAAAACCAGAAAGACAUGCUGAAUCAUUGCUUGAUAUUUGUCAUGAUACUAACUCUUCUCCAACUGAUAGGAUGACAGUUACUACAAACCAAAAUAUAAUCUUGCAAAGUAUCAGCAGCAGUGAGGAGUUUGACCAAGACGAGGAUUGCAGUCAUUCCAUAUUGCUUAGUGAAGGAGGGGAUCCAAGUGGUGAUGGACAAGAUUGGCAACCCAGGACAGAAGGUUUUGAGAUUAUUGUUACUUUUCCAAGAGAUGUCAGUUAUCCCCAAGAAAUAAGCCGAGAAGAUUUACAAGAAAACAAUCAGAUAACCCCAGUGAAUCAAGAAAGGGCACAAGCACAUUCUGUUUCCCUUCCAAAUGAAAUUCACAUGGUGGACUUCCGGACAAAGACUCUGACCAUGGGUCAGAAGAAGGAGGAAAGUUCCAAGGAGCUCUGUGAUGCAAAUGUGGGCUUUUUGUUGCCAAGACCUUGCUUAGAACCAAACAUCUCCACAUCUGUAGCCAGAGAAGAUGUUCCUCACUUUCUGAAGGAGCAGCAAAGAAAAUCUGAAGAGUUUUCUACUCCUGAUAUGAAGUAUAGUAGCCGAAGAAUUGAGUUCCCUCUGCCAGCAUUGUCACUUUUGCCCAUGAAACCUGGUCUUCAUACUGCCCCCCAAGAUCACAUGGAUCAAAAGGAGAGAGAAAAAAAUAUUCUGAACUUUGUAUCUUUCAAACCUAAGCUCUCAGAGCCCAGAAGUCAAUCUGAUGAGGUUAGACCAUUGAACAAGCAGCAGGAAGCUCCGUUUAAGGUGUUUGUGGAUCAGACUCUCAGGUGCUCUGAUAGCUCUAUUUGGUCCAGAAACAUGUGCUCUUUUUGGAAGGCUAACCAUCACAGACAACAUAUGGAGAUGGAGAACAGGAAAUCCAAGGAAACAGAAGAAAGUGACAAAAUUUCAAUCUCUCACUUUGAAAAAGGACAAUCUUUGGUGUCCUUUGAGAAUUGUAAGGAACGCAGUUUUCCUACAGAUAGGGAAGCGGAUAUUGACUACGUUGGUUGUGAAAUGAGAAAAGCAGAAGAGAAUUCUCAACAUCUUUUAUCAGGAAAGAAAGAGGGUCCAGUAGCCAGAAACUUGUUUACAGAUUUUGAAGUUGGAUGUAACAUGCCAGUCAAGUUCCAAGAAGCCCAGCAUUCAGAAAUAAUUCUAAGCCAGGAUGAAGAGACUAGAAAUGAUAAAGCUGAUUUAAAAAGUACUUCAGUACAUAAAGGUGAAGCAGUUGAGCCAAAUCAUAUUUUAGAAGAGUAUACUGUACUUAAAAGUUUGUCCAAUGUAGUCCCUGAUGGCCCCACUGAAAAGAUUCCGCAAGGUCCUAGACGCACAGAGACAAACAUAAAAAUGUCAACGGCGGAGGCAACCAAACCGGAAAUGAAUGGGAUGGUGCCUCUUAUGCACAUCACUUUCCCUGGAGAUGAAACUCCCAAGGAACCAGCAGUAGCCAAACCAAGCCUCCAAAAAAGAAAGGGCACUCUUCAUAGCAACAAUAGCUUCAAUAUUCUUGUACAUCAAGAAAAUGACAGACAUAAGAUGAAAACCCCCAGAAAUAAGUUGGAUUCAAAGACCAAGACCAGUAAUAGGACACCCCAGAAUUUCAUGAUUUCCAUUGAAGGUUCCAUUAAGCCUACCAUACAUAAAACCAGUAUAAAAACUCCAGUUUUCCCUGCUUUGGGGCUUGUUGACCCCAGACCUUGGCAACCACCCAAGUUUCAAAGGAGAAUGCCACAGAUAGAAAAGAAGCAAUCAACUUACCGGGCUCUGAAACCUAAAAAGCAAUCUUUUCCUUGCAUCGGUAAGAAUUCAGGAAUAAAAAAGUCUUCUGUUCCUCUCUCUGCUCAACCAACAGAGCCAAGACUAAAUUACUUAGAUCUUAAGUAUAGUGACAUGUUCAAAGAAAUCAAUUCAACUGCUAAUGGUCCUGGAAUCUAUGAAAUGUUUGGGACCCCUGUUUAUUGUCACAUGAGAGAGGCUGAACGUCAUGAGAACAAAUAUUAUCGAGAGAUAUGCUCAGCUCCAUCUGGCAGAUGUAUUACCAAUAAAUGUCGAUCUUCACACAGUGAGAGGAGCAGCAACAGCAGAACAAGAUUUUCUCAGAAAAGACCACAUGUUAAACCUGUAAAGGUUUCACUUGGCAUUAAACAAAAGAACAAAAUUUUAAUUUCUAAAGAAAAGGGUUACAAGGCUGUAGGUAGCAACGUACAAGACAUGGAAAAUGGUGAUGAUAUUUCAGGUUCACAGUGGCAGAUAAAGUCUUCAGGAGAUGACUUUCUUUCUUCUAAUAAUGAAGUUCAGCCCUUGAACUCGGCUCUGCCUCAUGAGCUGUCCACGGAACAGAAUGAAGUCAUUCCUGUUUCAGAUUUGUCCACUGUUGAAGAAGUCUCUAUGGAAGAGUCUGCUGAUGAAGGAGACAUUUCUAACAAUCAAAUACUUGCCACGAGCCUCAGAGAUCUACAGAAACUUGAAGAACUACAUCACCAGACCCCAUUUGUCCUUUCAGAAAACAGUUGGGCAAUGCCCAGUGAGAAGAAUUCCAAUAAGCAUGUACUGCAAGAAAAGCAGAAUACAGCAUCACUUGUUAAAAUAGAUGCCAACCAAAUUUUAACUAAUGAUGUAGGGUUUGAAAGUGUUUUAGGUAAGUCUGAGAGACUUUUGAGUUUCUCUUUCCAAGAGAAACAACAGAGUGCAUCUUCCCAAGCAUAUCAACAUUGGGCACAUUCUUUGGAUCAUGAUAGUGUAGCUAAUGAAUCAAUUACAUAUCAAACAUUUGGACAAACUUUAAAUUAUGCAAAUUCAAUUUCGCAAGGAAUUCUAGAUUCUGUAAAGAAUGAAGAAUUGACGGAUGAACUAUUAGGAUGUCUAGCUGCAGAACUAUUAGCUCUUGACGAGAGAGGUAACACCUCUUGCCAAAUAAUGGCAAAUGAAACAGAUCCUGAAAAUCUAAAUCUUGUCUUCAGUAGGAGAGGACAAACCACACAAGAAUUGGGUGGAGAGACAACCAAUGUUAAAAUACAGAGACAUAGUAAUGGGUUCAGGAUAUAUGACAAGGACAAGAAAUUUCUCAACUCAAAUGAAAAGAAGACAUUUUCUGAAAAUAGUUUAAAGUAUGAAGAAUCUAUCCUGUGGACUAAGGGAGAGGUCCUUGGGAAGGGAGCCUAUGGCACAGUAUAUUGUGGUCUUACUAGCCAAGGACAGCUAAUAGCUGUAAAACAGGUGGCUUUGGAUACCUCUGAUAAAUUAGCUACUGAAAAAGAAUACCGGAAGCUACAGGAAGAAGUAGAUUUGCUCAAAGCACUGAAACAUGUCAACAUUGUGGCCUAUCUGGGGACAUGCUUGGAAGAGAACAUCGUAAGCAUUUUCAUGGAAUUUGUUCCUGGUGGCUCAAUUUCUAGUAUUAUAAGCCGUUUUGGGCCAUUGCCUGAGAUGGUUUUCUGUAAAUAUACAAGACAAAUUCUGCAAGGUGUUGCUUAUCUCCAUGAGAACUGUGUGGUGCAUCGAGAUAUCAAAGGAAACAAUGUUAUGCUCAUGCCAACUGGAAUAAUAAAGCUAAUUGACUUUGGCUGUGCCAAGCGUUUGGCUUGGGCUGGCAUAAAUGGCACCCACAGUGACAUGCUUAAGUCCAUGCAUGGGACUCCAUAUUGGAUGGCCCCGGAAGUCAUCAAUGAGUCUGGAUAUGGAAGGAAGUCAGAUAUCUGGAGCAUUGGCUGCACCGUGUUUGAGAUGGCCACAGGGAAGCCUCCACUGGCUUCCAUGGACAGGAUGGCAGCCAUGUUUUACAUUGGAGCACACCGAGGGCUAAUGCCUCCUUUACCAGAACACUUCUCAGAAAAUGCAGUGGACUUUGUGCGUGUGUGCCUGACCAGGGACCAGCAUGAGCGACCUUCUGCUGCCCAGCUCCUGAAGCACUCCUUCUUGAUAAGAAGUCAUUGAACAUACAUCAACUUUCCUUUCCAGUUCCAUUAUAGAUACACUCCGUGACUGCUUCAUUGUGGGAAUGAUGGUUAAGGGACUUUUCCUAUUGUUAAGUCAGCUCAACUCAACCAGAUCCUGCAGUGUCCCUAACUAAAAUGUUUUUAGGUAAAUACUAGCCUCAAGCUUCAGGCGUGGUUACCCAUGUAUAUGAGAAAAUUUUCUUAAUAACAAAAUGUAUUGCUGUUUACAGUUUUGACUAUCCUUCAUUUUUGGCCUGUCAGUUUUAAUGUCUUUAAAAUAAAUUGUAAAAACAAGAAGAAAAUUGUUUAUUUUUUGCUUGGCUGGUAAAGACACUUAAUUCUUGGAAAGGAAACCAGAGGAAGGUGAUAAAUUAAACACUGGAGGAUGCUAGAUUCUGUUUAGCAGUAACCUUUGCAGAUUACAGGAGCCUCAAAAUUAACAGGAAGAGCUAAGGGCCUUGGCAUUUCAUUAUCAGAGGGUCCCCUAUUUCCUCCCAAGUUUCUGCCUAUAGUAAACUGUACUAUUCAAGGUGGCCCCAUAAGCCUCAGGUUGCUUCCCCUGAAAUUUGUAGUACUACUUGAAGACUUCACUUAU